CACGUUUUCAUGUACUUUUACAUAUUACACGGGCUAUUGCAAUAGUGUUAUGAACAACUUGCUCACCAAGAAGUAGCAUGUACACACUCGCGAAACAGGCGUGUUUGCCCGUUCCAUUUCAAACCCGAUACCACAAAAUAGAGCACAAUGGAUUAGCGCUCUUGUGAUAAUCAAGUGUACGCAUAUUUAUUUAUUUGUAUAGAUAUAUGUAUUUGUAUGCGCCACAUGUAUACACGCAUGCCGGUAGUAGUUAUUCGAAAGAAAAUAUAUACUUGUAUAUAACUGAGAGCUAGGUGCGAGCCGCUAUAAACUUGCAUACAAGGGCCAGUUGUUUGCUAAGCGAAUAUGGUUGUGAUGAUGGGUGAGAGGACAUACAGACGCACAGUGGUGCUGUCAGUGUUGGCUACCAUACUCCUACUCGUGCGGAUACCGCAAUACUUCGGUGACCAAACCUCUACCAUUCCAAACCCAAACUCAGCGAUAGGUAUAGAGAUUAAAGUCAUAACAGAUGCAGUAGCUGUAGGUGUGGUGGUGACAGAAGGGACAGCAAUGGCAUCUACAAAUAUUUUACAACCUACUUCGGAAUCGUUAGAGGCCGUUGUAAACGGCGUGAGUAAUGUCAGAGAACAUGCGGAUGAGGAUAACAAUAAUCAGCAAACCGUUGAAGACGUGAACACACUGGCUGGUGCUAUAGGCGAUUUAGAAACUGAUAUGUCGAGUAAUAAAAACUGGGACAGUGACGAAUUUGAAGUAUCUGUGGAACAGACACUGCAAACGUUGGCCGAAGCCAACGACAUUUCUCCUGUAAUAAUUUUACAGCAAUCAAAG